CCACAACGAUUCUAUAGUGUGGGGGACAGAAAAUCUCUUUCAACGGUCAACCGAGAUUUGAAUUUCAAAAGUCUCCUGUUCUGUUCAGCCUCGUCACUGUCUACUCCUUAACAUAUUGGUCUGAGAUUUAAAUUGUGACUUCUACUUCUAAGUGUUCAACUGUCCAGCGAUCUCUCGGUGAUGUCUAAAUGCUGCUUAUGCAACAGCAGCGGCCGCUGUAUGAACUGUCGCUGUGCCAAGUUGGGCCAAUUCUGUAGAAAUUGCAAUCCACUCAACCACAACCGCUGCCAAAACUGGGAAGCAAGAGGGAAAUAUCAACUACAACGUCCUAAAACUGCUGGUACCACUUCUAGCAAGAUAUCCCCGACGAAGCCGUGCAUGUCAAGUGAUGAUCAUCAGGCGCCUACAAUCAUGGACUCGCCAGUGAAUCAGCAUUCAGGUCAUGAUAAGCCACUGUCUUACGCUUCGGUUGUUGCUCGGUCUAGUUCUCCAGGAGGUAAAGCACUCUCUUCAUCCAGUCUAGAAUCUAGUGUCCUUACUGCUGCAACAAGAAUGCUUUAUUCCGAUGCCGUCCAGCUGCACCCACCUUGUUCUUCGUUGUCGCAAAGGCAACUGCCUUGUUCUAAGUUAUCGCAAAAGCAGACACUUGAACAGUCCAGGGUCCAUCCUAAAUUACAACAGCAGACAAGUUCACCAGUCGCUCACAUUGUCGAUAUGAUAUCUAACACCCAGGAAGAUGAAGACAUUCAUGACUUAAAUCAAACAGCUUCUCCUUCCCUAGAGUUACAUGAACGCCUUCCUUACAGAGUGAUGGCAUCACCAAAUUUCAGUUGGGGUUCACUGAAUGGUGUUGAAGUGAUGAGUCAAAUAGAACAGGCUUACCAAGAAGUUGUUCAUUGGAGAAGGAAUUUAUUUCAAGUACCAUACGGUUCUACUGGUAAAAUGUUCGCCUCCGAACUUGCCAGAUUGUUUCAUGCGUAUGCAAGUGCAUCUGCUCUUGAGUGUGUCUCAUUGACUGCUGCUAUGGUGAUGCCCCAUCUUCUGCUACAGAAGCCACACAAGCGGUCCAGAGGUCCUGAUCAUGUCUCUUGUCUGACCCGUCGCUUAGAAGCCUGGAAGGCGGGUGAUAUCAAGGCUCUGUUGUAUGAAGCCAAGACGAUCCAACAACAUCUAACUUAUAGUAGGUCUUCUAACAAGGCAACCAAAAUCGACGAUCUUCCUCACGUUUUCGCUGGUCAUUUGAAGAAAGGAAAUGUGAAUGCUGCUAUGCGUUUACUGUCUGAUGAAGGUGCUAAUGGUCUUUUACACCUGGAUGACUACCUGACAAAUUCAAGUCAAAAAACCGUGAGAGAUGUACUCAAAGAAAAACAUCCAAAUGCUUCUUCCCUCGAUCCUGACUAUGUUGUGAAUUCUAAAGAGAACGCUUCUCCAGUCCAUCCUGUCUUGUUUGAUUCUCUUGAUGGACAACUGAUCAGGAAUACAGCAAUGCGAUGUUCUGGGGCAGCUGGUCCUUCUGGCCUUGACUCGACUCAAUGGAAACGCCUGUGUACGGGAUUUCACACUUCCUCCAAAGAUCUCUGUAAUGCUCUAGCUGCUGUUGCUCGUCGAAUUUCAACAGAGAUAGUAGAUCCUGACGGUAUCUCAGCUCUAGUGGCUUGUCGUCUUGUACCUCUGAACAAAAAUCCUGGGGUGAGACCAAUUGGUGUGGGUGAGACAGUUAGAAGAAUUAUUGGAAAGGCGGUUCUUUCUGUGGUCAAGUCUGACGUGCUCUCGGCAACCGGAACCUUGCAGCUUUGUGCAGGACAGAUUGCUGGGUGUGAGGCUGCAAUACAUGCCAUGCAGUCAUUGUUUGAAGAUGACAAUACGGAAGCCAUACUACUUGUAGAUGCAACAAAUGCCUUUAAUAGCUUGAACCGUCAGUUGGCUCUAAAGAACAUCUCAAGCACUUGUCCAGCAAUUCAUACCGUAUUGCUCAACACAUAUCAACAGCCUUCACCCCUAUUCGUUGGUGGGGAAGUCUUGUUGUCGCGUGAGGGAACCACACAGGGAGAUCCUCUCGCGAUGGCAAUGUACGCCUUGGCCACAGUACCUCUGCUGAAAAAAGUACAAACAGAAGGCAGCACCCAAGUCUGGUAUGCCGAUGAUGCUGCAGCCGGAGGAAAGAUACAAGCAGUCAAACAAUGGUGGGAGAAACUCUCCAUACAUGGAGAAAAAUUUGGAUACUUUCCAAAUGCCAAGAAAUCCUGGUUGAUCGUCAAACCGAAUUGCCUUGAAGAAGCCAAACGUGUGUUCUCAAAAACGGCUGUGAACAUCACCUCUGAAGGUCGAAAGUAUUUAGGAGCUGCACUGGGAACUGAAAACUUCUGUAACGGCUAUCUCAGUGAUGCAAUCUUAGACUGGACACGUCAGAUUGACAAAUUGGCUUCCAUUGCCCAAAGUGGAUUUUUACUGCGAGAACAAAUCAGAAUUUCAAAACUUUUGCUGGGCUUUUAG